AGGACGACUCCUGGAAAUGACGGAUCUAUCGCUGGACACGGCCGUCCAGACAGCAGCUACGAUCGAGCUUUCCGAGAGGGGGACCAAGGAUUUGCAGGGAGAAGUAGGUGUGGCCCAGGUGCAGACGACCCAGAAGCGGGGAGGCAGCGACGGCAGCGGGCGAGCUAAAGCUAAGUCUAAGAAAAAUGUAAAGUCGCGUGUAAAUAAUUCGUCAAAUAUCACAUGUUAUCGUUGCGGCAAGAACCACCUUGCGUCGCGUUGUACUUUAGAUAGGUCGGUUAAGUGUUUUUCAUGCGGGAAGACUGGUCACCUUCGAAAGGUGUGUCGUUCGGAUAAACAGAGUUCGAACGGUGUUGACGUGUUAGCAGUCGAGCACGUACAGUAUCGGGACAAGUUACUUACGUCGUUAAUCGUUAACGAAAAGCGCGUGCGUUUUGAAAUAGAUAGCGGCGCGGCAGUUUCUUCGAUUUCACAGUCUCUUGCGAAGAGGUUGUUUCCAAGGGAAAAACUACACAAAACCGUAUUACAUUUAAUUUCGUAUUGUAAGAAACCUAUCGAUCUGCUUGGAUAUUUGGUUGUACGGGUGAGAUGCAGGGGGAAGACUCGCGAAUUGAAUUUGUACGUUACGACGGGAGAUCGCGAACCACUGCUCGGUAGAGAGUGGAUCCUACAAUUGAAAGAUCAUGGAGACAUGCAUCAAUUGUUAGGACGUUUACAAUCAAUUCACGUAAUUGAAGACCCGUCGUUGCAAAGUUUCUUUCGAGAGUUUCCUGGCAUUACAAAUCCGAUCAUUUCGAAAAUCAGUAAUAUUCAAGCUAGACUUACAUUGAAAGAUAACGCAAAACCAGUGUUCGUGAAAGCACGGCAAAUUCCCUUUCGCCUACGCGCAUUAGUUGAGCAGGAAUUAGAUCGCUUAGAAUCAGAGGGCAUUUUAGAAAAAGUUGAUUCGUCAGAAUGGGCAACCCCCAUUGUUCCGGUUUUAAAAAAGAACGGUCAGGUACGCCUGUGUGGUGAUUUCAGUGUCACCAUUAAUCCACGUUUACUCGUGGAUGAGCAUCCGCUACCAACAGCAGAUGAAUUAUUCGCUUCGAUGGCAGGCGGUACCAUUUUCUCAAAGAUCGAUUUACUACAGGCUUAUUUGCAAUUAGAAGUCCGACCGGAGGACCAAACCUUUUUGACUUUGAGUACUCAUAAAGGCUUGUACAGAGCUACGCGUUUAAUGUAUGGUGUCGCGUCAGCGCCUGCAAUAUGGCAGCGCACCAUUGAAAAUAUUCUGAAAGACAUCCCCGGUGUAGUGGUCUUUCUAGAUGACAUUCGAGUAGCAGGAACAGAUCGGCAAGAUCAUUUAAAUAAAUUGCGUUUAGUUUUUGGCCGAUUACAGAAGUUCAACAUUCGAGUUAAUAUGGAGAAAAGCGAAUUCUUCAUGUCGCAAAUCCAGUAUUGCGGGUACGUGAUAGAUAAAGACGGGUUACAUAAAUCUCCUGAAAAGAUGGAAGCGAUCCAUAAUAUGAAGCGACCUACCAACGUUACGGAGGUACGCAGUUUUCUCGGGAUGAUUAAUUAUUACGGUAGAUUUAUUUCAAAUCUAAGUUCGAUUUUACACCCGUUAAAUAAAUUGUUGCGUAAAGAUACGGAAUUUCAGUGGACAUCUCAAUGUGAGAAGAGUUUCAGGGACGCGAAGAAGGCUUUUAUUAGUCCAAAAUGUUUAGUUCAUUUCGAUCCGCGUUUACCAGUUACGCUUGCUACGGACGCGAGUUCGUAUGGGGUAGGAGCGGUGCUUUCGCACAUCUAUCCCGAUGGUUCUGAAAGAGCCAUACAAUAUGCUUCGCAAACUUUAUCUUCCACUCAAAGAAAUUAUUCUCAGAUUGACAAGGAAGCUUACGCGAUCAUCUACGGUGUUAAGAAAUUUCACCAGUAUUUGCAAGGCUCUAAAUUCACAUUAAUUACAGACCAUCGUCCACUUACACAAAUUUUUUCUCCAACAAAGAGUUUGCCUAUCUACACGGCAUUACGAAUGCAACACUACUCGUUAUUUUUACAGGGUUUUAAUUAUGAUAUUAAGUACAGGAAGUCAGAACUUCAUUCGAAUGCAGAUUGUUUAUCACGGUUACCUAUUCCACGUAAUGCAGAUGUACAAGACCCGGUAGAUGUUUUUCAAUUAAGUACGUUUGACACAUUACCAAUAACGGCACGGGAAGUAGCUACAGCUACGGCGACAGACAAAGAGUUGUCUAAAUUAUUACAAAUUCUUAAAUCGGGUAAGAAUACAGAAAAAGAGAAAACUUUUUAUACAGUUAAUUUACAUGAAUUUACUUUACAGAAUAACGUCAUUUUUCGAGGACAUAGGGUAGUUAUUCCCCGUAUUUUACAGAAAAAAAUUUUACAAGAGUUACAUACUGGUCAUUUCGGUGUAGUCCGGAUGAAACAUUUAGCUAGAGGGUAUAUCUGGUGGUACCAAAUUGAUAGAGAUAUCGAAAACUUGGUUGCAAAUUGCAAUGAUUGCAAUGCUUUUAGGAACGACCCUCCUAAAAAUAAUUCACAUAUUUGGGAACCGUGUGCUGUGGCAUUUGAGCGUGUUCACGCUGACUUUGCGGGACCUUUUCUAGGUCAUUACUUUUUCAUUUUGGUAGAUGCAUUUUCCAAAUGGCCGGAAAUCCACAUAGUGAAAGAUAUGAUGUCACGUACGACAAUAGAUUUAUGUCGUCAAAUUUUUGCGACACAUGGUUUACCAAAAUAUUUCGUUUCGGAUAACGGAAGAACAUUUACAUCUAAAGAAUUUAGAAAUUUCUUACAAGUUAACGAGAUCACUCAGAAAUUAACAGCACCCUACCAUCCAGCAACAAAUGGCCAAGCAGAGCGAUAUGUACAAAUACUUAAAAAUUCUUUAAAAAGAAUGCGUUGUAAUUCAGCGAAUGUACAUAAUUGUUUACCUAGAAUACUUUUACAAUACAGAACGACUCCUCAUGCAACUACAGGUGUUGGGCGGCGUUCAUGUAAACGCGCCAUUACAGCUGCGAGCGCGCAGACCACGGUCUUACAUACAGGUCUGGAAACUCGAGUAGUGGGGGUAGUGCUCAGUUUUAAGCCAAAAUUAGUUCGCCCUGUGUGUCGUUGCUAUCGGUCAGUGCAAGACUCUAACCUUGACUGCGUUCGGGCAGAUAUAAUUUUACAGAUUUAUACAUGCUUUUAGAUAGUUCGGGACUAUG